UGGGCUUCGUGUUGGGUUGCGCACAGCUAUCUCGAAUAAUACACCUUAAUAUGCAUCAGAUACCAGGCGAUACUCAACAUGGGAAAUCGGAGUGCCUGUACGCGAUCAAAAAAACGCCAAACGGCCACGGGCUCUUUGCACUUGAAGGGAUUCAGGCGGGCACCCUGAUCAUCCAAGAAGAACCUCUUUUGACAAUCUCACGAGAAGAAACUCGAUCAAGACAAGAGUAUAUGUGUGUCAUGUCAAAAGUGGGACGAUUACAAGGCGAGGCCCAAAGUCGACUCAUAAGACUGUACCACAACCCGAAGAAGCUGCAAGAGUUCGCUUUUCUUGAAGGACGGAUGUGCCCGGGCACAAAUCUUGAUUGUGCACUUGUCCUGGCCAAAUUCUACACAAAUGCUGCGACUAUAUCUUCAGGCAAAUUGCAAGUCGGCUUAUAUCCCACCUUUUGUCGCAUGAAUCACGCAUGCACGCCGAAUACGAGCUGGAUGGCCGACGACGUGACUGGGACGAUGGAGGUCUAUGCUGUGAGAGAUAUUAUGGAGGGAGAAGAAAUCACCGACUCGUACACGGAUGUUGCACGAUCUCGAGAGAGUAGGGGCAAGGAGCUACGAAAUUGGGGUUUCGAAUGCGAAUGCAGCGUUUGCGACGGACCCGAGGCCGCUGAGCACGACAUACGGAGACGCCGGGUUGCACAAAUCAGGGGGAUCUUGGAGCUUUACGAAGAAACUGGUGGAGACGAAAAACCCAUAUUUGCUGAGGUCCCAAAGAGCGACCUGGAAGCCCUGAAAUUGGCGGAGGAGAGUCUCGCAUUGCUGUCAACGGAGGAGCUUGUCGAGGACCUUGGCAUUGCACAUGGGUUGUGCGCGAAAUUUGCCCGAGCGGCUGGGUUGAAUGAUGUUGCGGAUGAUCACGAAGAAAGGGAGUUUGAAAUCCUUGUUCGAACGACUGGAGAGUGUAUAGAAUGAGACUCGCUUUGUAGAAGGAGCGUACGUUAGAACAAAAACCGAUGAAAUAAAAUAACUAGAGAUUUAAAUAUGGA